ACACAAUUGUCAAACGUCAAAUGUCGCGGAGUCGCGGACAUGGAGACUUUUUUUGACAACACUAUAAAGUAGAAUAAUAAACAAUAACUUCAAUCUGUAAUACAUUAUUAUACUUUCAUUAAGUAAAAAUAACCACAUCAAAAUGGAUUUACAUCCACUUAAUUUGGCUCAUCAACAACACCGUCGUGCUGAGGCGCAUCUCAUCAACAAUAGAUACGAUGAAGCAAUGCAGUGCCAUCACAAUGCUGCGGAAUUAUUAUUGGACGCUAUGAAAUCCACGACGUCAUCAGUCGCGCUAGAAUCCAUCACACUACAACACAGUUACCACCUAAAACAAAAGGAUCUCAUCAAAAGCAAGAAAGAACAAUACGAAAGAGUGAAAAAGGCCAUGGAUCACAUCAAAGGUUUGAGCAAAGAUCCAAACUAUAAUAUCUUAAGUAAUGAUAGUUCAAAAGUCCAAGUUGCUAUAUAUAGAACAAUAAAUGAAGCUGAUUCUUUGUUAUAUCAAUUAAAAAACCCAAAUUCUGAACAAGGCCAUCUGAAAGACGCAAUUGCUAAAGUGGAUGUAGUGGAUGGAAAGAAGAUAGAAAAAGGAAAGGAAACUGUUAUAGAAGAAUUACAGAUAUUGAAUCAAAAUUUACAUUCCCUUGUAGAACAAUUGGUGUUGCAAGCUGAAGUACUUAAGGAUGAAAAUAUGACAUUAAAAGAAAGAGUGAGUUACCUGGAAAAAGAGAGAGUCAAGUAUUUGAAUCUUCCAACUCAAAGUGAUUUAUUACAACGAAACUUUUCAAAUAUUAGUGGAAAUGAAGGUUUGACAAAUGAGUUUAUCCAGAAGAUGCCGAUUGCAAAGGAACCACAACACAGACCAGUUGUUCAACCUCAUUUUGAUUUAAGUGCGCUGAAGGACUUAUAGUUAAAUAAUGGACUUUUCAAGCUAAGAUUUUAACUUACGUGACCAUUUAGACACCUAUAGAUAAUAUCAAUGGUUGAGAGGCUAAUUGAUCUAACUGACAUUUUUUGCAUAUUCAAUGGAGAAAAAUUUGGUUCCAAAAUAAAUUAAUAUCACCAAAAAAUUCUGCUUAGAUCAAUUAGCUUUUCAAGCAUAAGAUUAUAUGUAUAUCCAAAUCUAACUCAUGGUAUUGUAUUUUAACUAGUUAUAAAGCAAUUGAUACAAUGCUGGACGAAUUGUAUAAGCUGCUUUGUUCUCUAUUCAUAGAUUGUGAUUCCUCAUCAUUAAAUUAAAUAUUUUUUCAUUACUUUUGUUUUUAUAACAGUAUUUGUAGUAAUAAUGUUGAACCAUGACAUACAUGACAAGAUCAUUAAUGAAUGGAGGUGAAUUAAAGCAAAAUAAUUAUUAUGUUUUACAGCAAAACAUUAAGAUUUGUUUACUUUUUUAUUAGUGUCAUGUAUAUGAUGUAUAUUUUUUGUCAUGGUAGAAGAGCCUUUUCAUGUUGUGGUAUUUUUUUUAUUUGAUUUGUAAAAGCGGUUAUUUUGAACCAGAGAUGUGCUAUACUACAUUGGUGUGAUGCAUUUGGCUUCCACCAAUCAUAUUCAUUGGUACACAUAGCUAAAGAUUAGUGGAAUCGGACUUAGCUACACUGUGUUUUUUAUAUGGAAUGAUGCAUGCUAUGGAUUGCAUCCCUACUAUCGAUACAUCUCAUACUUAAACCCUCCUCAUACAGCUACUAAGUGUUGCAAUCUUUAUAGUACAGCUACAUCGCAUAGUAUCAGUGGAAACGGUCACAUAGUUUUACAGUUUAGCUAUUAACCUUAGUAGCAAAGCUAAGUAGCACAUCUCUGGUGCAAAAGUACAAUAAUUCAAGUUUAGGUUGUAUUAUGUACUUUGUUUGUGUGUAAUUUGUAUAUUUAAUUUUUUUAUUACAUCUGUAAUAAUCGUUAUGUAAAAUGUAUGUGUAUAUUAUUAUGUAGUAAAAGGAUGCUACAAAUAAAAACCCGAUUUUUUCUUUUGUAGA